AUGAAAUAUGAACAGUUUUGCUUUGCUGAAUUAGCAUCAUUAGAGACAUUUACUCAAGUUGAAGGUGAUACAACGACCGAUAUUCCAGAAACAAAGCAUAUUUUCAAUGAUAAUUGUUUUAAAGGUUGUCCAAAGCUCAGAACCGUUAACUUACCUUCCAAUAUCGGCAGCCUUGGUUUAUAUUGUUUCACUGACUGUAAAAUGCUCACAGGCUUUGUUUUCCCGCCAGAACUUACUAAAUGCCAAUGCCACUCCUUCGAACGCUGCACAUCCAUCACAGAAAUGGAUUUGAGUAACGUCAAAUGGCUCGGCAAUCACGUUUUCGACGGCUGUACUAAUUUAGUCAAAAUUAUUUUUUCAGACAAGCUUCGUGACGUCAUGGGCAACACAUUCAACGGAUGCACCAAACUACCAGAACUCACCGGCCUUGAAACUAACGAACACUUUACAUUUAAGAGAAGAUUUUUAUACGGCUGUUCCUCAUUAACUCAUUUCAAAAUACCACGAAUGAUGACAAUGAUUCCAUUUGAAGCAUUGAGAAAUUGCAGGAGUUUAUCCAGAUUAACGAUUCAUGACGGAAUUACUUUUAUUGAAUACGACGCGUUCUCUUUUACCGGAAUUACUGAGAUAACGAUGCCAUCUGAGCUUUCAACACUAGAAAAGAAUGUUCUAAGGAAAUGUCUUAAUCUUAGAAAAGUAGAUUUCAGUUAUUGUUACAAUUUGAUCAGUUUACCAAAUGAUUUAUUUGCAGGUGAUGUAAGUUUGAGUGAAAUUGUUCUUCCUCCUAAAUUAGAAUCUAUUCCAAAUUACGCGUUUUCAGGAACAUCUCUAGAAUCAAUAAUUUUUCCAGAAACAUUUAGACAGUUUGGAAAUUCUGUGUUUAUGGAUUGCAAACAACUUAAAUCUGUUUAUAUCUUUGGAAAGUCACUAUUUCUUUCAGGCCAAAUGUUCAGUGGAUGCAGUAGUUUGACUAAGAUAUACAUUAACCCUGAAAUAUCAAUGGUUGAAAGAAAUACAUUUGAUGGAAUUACUCAAAAUGUUGAAAUCGUUUACUGCAGCAACAGAAUUUUCACUGAUACAAGUGUUAAUUCUAACCAAUAUUUAACUGUGAAAGUUCCUUCUGGUUAUGAAAAAGAGACAUUCUUAGGAUUACCAAUAAACAAAGUAGACAAUUAA